GUGACCUGGACCACCGGAUCCCAGGGCGCUGGAGGACCCGUUACUUUCGGGAGCACACGUCACUGGCCUGGGAGACCAAGGUGCUAGAGCUGCAACGGACGUGGCCCCGGAGUCCCUACUGGCAUCUCCCGCUAUGGCACCCCUAAGGGUUCUCAAGAUCGUUGGUGCAGGCUUUGGCGUCGGGUGCCAACUACAAAAGUGUGCUGGCACCGUGCACUCCAUGACGCGGGAGUUGGUGGCUGAAGCGCUGGAGCGCUAUGGGCUGGCCAGCAGCCCUGGCAGCGGCCUAAGUGACAGAAGCAACACCGGCGCCUUUGCGACACGCAACCCGUUGGCGCGACCGGCUGCCGGGGACAUGGACCACCGCAAGUGGUGGGCGGAGCAUCUACACCUGCUGGAGGACCUGGAGGGCCCACUGCUGGUGGAGGAACUGUGGCGGGCAUGGCCCGGCUGGGCGCGGCGCUUCGAGCUGCACGGCCGCGAGGAGGCGCGCCGCCUGGAGCAGGAGGCCUUCGGGGCCGCCAACAGCGAUGAUAACGUCACACUGGAAAAGACAUCCCGGAGUUUCCUGAAGGAGCUGAAACGCAUCACAGACAGCAAUGUAAGAGGGGAGAAAUUUGUGAAGCAGCUAUACCAGAUGUUGGAGAAGGAAAAGGCGAAAUUUACCCAAUUAGCUAUUCAUUUCCAGAAGAAGGUUUAUUGUCCCAACAAAUGUGCCACCUUUCUCUGGCUUGGAUUUGCAGGCAUGAUGUUGCAGCGUAUGUUAUGGUGCCCAGAAUGUAACUCGGGGAUUUACCUUUGUUGGAAGUCCCUGGACUGUGGGGAUCGCAUCAUAAAUAUCCGUGAAAGGAGAAAUCUGACCUUGAACUGUCUGUACAAGUGGCACAGUGUUUCUGAACAGCUCACAGACUACCAGUUUUUCAGGGAUUGGGAGGACAGUGGUGAGAGCCUGCUGUACAAGGGGAAGAACCCUAUCCUGAUCAUUCCCUCAGUGACUUCAGAUGAUACUGGCUUGUACCGCUGUGAACUGGGUACGGAGAGAUCUGGCCCAUCCACAAUCAUCCGUUACCAUGUCACAGUUUUGUCCCCAAAUGCUACAGAAGAGUCAACAACAAACUUUGAAAAUGAGUAUGAGACAGGCGCCGAGGGUGAGACAGGUCCCACAGAUGAAGGCGAGACUGGCCCACCUGGACAGGGUGGUGGAACAGGCCCUCCGGGUCAAGGCCAGACUGGACCACCCGGACAGGGUGGUGGAACAGGCUUUCCGGGUCAAGGCCAGACUGGACCACCCGGACAGGGUGGUGGAACAGGCUUUCCGGGUCAAGGCCAGACUGGCCCACCCGGACAGGGUGGUGGAACAGGCUUUCCGGGUCAAGGCCAGACUGGCCCACCCGGACAGGGUGGUGGAACAGGCCCUCCGGGUCAAGGCCAGACUGGCCCACCCGGACAGGGUGGUGGAACAGGCUUUCCGGGUCAAGGCCAGACUGGCCAACCUGGACAGGGUGGUGGAACAGGCCUUCCGGGUCAAGGCCAGACUCGCCCACCUGGACAGGGUGGUGGAACAGGCCCUCCGGGUCAAGGCCAGACUGGCCCACCCGGACAGGGUGGUGGAACAGGCCCUCCGGGUCAAGGCCAGACUGGCCCACCCGGACAGGGUGGUGGAACAGGCUUUCCGGGUCAAGGCCAGACAGGCCAACCUGGACAGGGUGGUGGAACAGGCUUUCCGGGUCAAGGCCAGACUCGCCCACCUGGACAGGGUGGUGGAACAGGCCUUCCGGGUCAAGGCCAGACUCGCCCACCUGGACAGGGUGGUGGAACAGGCCCUCCGGGUCAAGGCCAGACGGGCCCUCCUGGCCAGGGUGGGACAGGCCCACCAGGUCAAGGCGAGACGGGCCCUCCAGGUCAAGGCGAGACGGGCCCACCAGGCCAGGGCGAGACGGGCCCUCCAGGUCAAGGUGAGACGGGCCCACCAGGCCAGGGUGAGACAGGCCCACCUGGCCAGGUACAGUCCGGGUUGGCCCCACUAAGUGAUGAGAUAUACACAAAUAUAGACGAUGAACUGGGCCAAUUCCCUGUUGAGACGGCCCCGCUCCAGGGUGAGAUGGCCCCUCCAGCCCAGGCUGAGACGGCCCCGCUCCAGGGUGAAAUGGGCCCACCUGUCCAGGUUGAGACGGCCCCGCUCCAGGGUGAGAUGACUCCACUUGAGGUUGAGACGGCCCCACUUCAGGAUGAGACAGCACAACCCGUCCAGGAUGAGACGGCCCCACCGUUCCAGGUUGAGACGGCCCCACUGCAGGAUGAGACAGCUCCACCAAACCAGGUUGAGACGGCCCCACUUCAGGGGGAGACGGCUCCAGUUGAGGUUGAGACGGCCCCACUUCAGGGGGAGACGGCUCCACUUGAGGUUGAGACGGCCCCACUUCAGGGGGAGACGGCUCCACUUGAGGUUGAGACGGCCCCACUUCAGGGGGAGACGACCCCACCGGUCCAGGUUGAUACAGCCCCACUGGUACAGGGUGAGACAGCACAACCAGGCCAGGGUGAGAUGGCCCCACCAUUCCAGGUUGAGACGGCCCCACUGCAGGGUGAGACGGCCCCAGUCCAAGGUGAGACAGCUCCACCAAACCAGGUGGAAACAGCCCCACUGGAGGUUGAGACAGCUCCACUCGAAGUGGAAACAGGAUCACCGCUUGAGGAUGAGACAGCGCCAGUACAGGGUGAGGCAGCUCUGCCGGGCCAGGUGGAAACCUCCCAACUCCAAGGUGAGAUGGCCACAGCAGUCCAGGGUGAGACAGCGGCAGUUCAGGGUGAGACUGCCUCAGCAGUCCAGGCCGGGAUGGCCUCACUCCAGGAUGAGACAGCCCUACUCCAAGGUGAGACAGCCCCACUCCUGGGUGAGACGGCCCCACUUCUAGGUGACAUGGCCCCACUUGAGGAGACCUCAGUCCCUCCGAACUCAGAAUUGGAGUCCUCGUCCACGAACCUCCAGACUGAGCAGGUUAAGGGAGUGCAACAAGGCCGAAACAUUGUGCUGCUCGUCACUAUCCCUUUGUUACUGAUAGUAGGCCUUAUUCUUUGCCUAGCUUACUGGCGAAAAUCGAAAGAGAAAAAAUAGUCUUCAUAGCAGCAUUGAAAAUACAGCUUCUUAACCAUCAGAGACAAUGGCCUCAGAAGAGAAAAAUAAUUAAAGAUAUGUCUUGUUGUCUAAAUAUUUGACUCACUUCUCUGGACUGAUCCAUACCUUGGGUUCCCCUGGAGGAGAGGUCAGGAGAUGGGCUCCUGCCUCAGGGAGGAGGGCAAAGUCUGGUUGAGGGGAGAGCAGACUGCCAUGUAAUGCCAGAACCAAGAAUCAGGACAGGGCCAGGCCUACCUAGAUCUCCUCCCCCAGGACUGGUCU